AUGGAUCAAAUUAAUCCAAAAUACCAUGUUUAUCUACAAAAAGCAAAUUAUGAGAAAUGGUCACGCGCACAUUCACCAGUAAAAAGGACUUGGACACUAACAAGUAACAUUGCAGAGUCACUAAAUAACGCUAUUCUUGUUGGAAGAAGGUUACUAGUGGUACCAUCGUUGGAAUUUGUUAGAAAAACAAUUGAAGCUUGGAAUGAGAAACACAACGAAGAAGGUAGAAAUACUACAGCAACCUUGACAAGUACAUACAAUGAAAUGUUGGAGGACAAUAGAAAUUUGUCUCAUCGUAUGCUUGUACGCGCAUCAACAAUACACCUUCAUACAAUUACAGAUGGUGCAAAGAGGUUUACGUUAUACAGUUGA